GCGACACGAAAAGAUUCUAAUAAGUGAGAUCUUCAAAAAUUUUUUGUGAAAUGUGUAAAUAUGUGAUGAAGUGCUUCAAGAAAGAAAAAUAUCAUGAUAGUAAAUGCUGGCUUCAUACCUAUGGGAAAAUAACUUAAAAAUUAGAAUGGUGGGGAGAUUUUCGUGGUGCACGACGGUGGUUGCAUUGGUGGUGCUGCUGCUUUUCGUCACAACUGAAGGUCUUCGUGAACGCAGUACUCAGCUCGACGAUCCUAAAACCACAAAUCGUGGAACGUUGAGGUAUUCCAAAUCAUUGGAAGAAGCCACAACCGCAUCGACCUCAACAUCGAGAUCCAGAUCAGCUCGAGAAAGAUCAGCUCAAUCAAAGAGAUUUUCCAAUUUGGAAAGAUCAAACGAAGUAUCGACCCAACCGUCUGUGAUCGAUUUCGAAUCAAAAUUCGAUUCUACCAAGAACUCGAUCGUAAGAACGACCAGAACCACAGAAAGGGACGUCUCUGCCACGGAAAUUAAAAAUGAUUCGAGAAGAAUCUCCAGAAAGGAAACAGAGAACGCUAAAAGCGUAGAUUCGCCGAUUAAUAGAAGGAAUGGGAAAAGAUAUUUCUCUGAAGCUAACGAGGGAGCAAAAUUGAAGAACAAUGAUCAGACAAUGGGAACGACAAAAGGGAUUUCUCGAAGAACGUUUAAUAGAAAAUCGAAUAAUUCAAGUAGCACUGAAAGAUUGGACAACAAAGGACCGUCUGUGUUUCUGGCUACCACGGAAUCCUCGAGAUCCAGAACCGGAAGGAAGAUUCAGACGACUUAUUCCAUGAAGGAUCUGAAGACCCAGAUACCCACUUCCAGAAGGUACACCAAUAAAAAAUUCGAAGAUGAAACUACCACAGUUUCGUUUAAAAGGGGUAGAUCGACGACAGAAAGGAUUGAGAAGAGUACCAGAUCUGGUAGAUCAAAGGUGAUCAACACCAAAGAGAAUAAUUCUAUUCAACGAAGAGGACCGGAUCCUCUCUUAUCGGAAUCCGAGAGCGUCAGAGUCGACAUCCCUCUGGCGAUCGAUACAACGCAAAAUCCGGUUCCUGACGUGACUACCAUCUUUGGCAUAGCUUCUCAGAGAAGAUCAGACGUUAAAGAGUCGUCUAAAUCCAAUGGAAGGACAGGAUCGUCUGAAAGGUCGAAAAGUCGUGGAAGAUUGAACGACUCUGAGACUGCUGGCUCCUCAAGAUCUGGUUCUCGAAGAGGAUCUUCCAAGUUCAGCGAUUCCACAACGACAGAGAGUAACGAGCAGAUCGUUAGUUCCAGGAGGAAUACGAUUUCCAGAGAUCGAUCGAGGGGUUCGGAUACCAAGAGGAAUUCAACGACUGAGACGAGAUCGAGAUCCAGGGGUAGAAAUUUGGAGAAUAAGAAUGCCAGCUCUUUGGAACGAGAUGUGAAACGUAAAGUGGCUGGGGAGAGAAAUUCGGAGAGAAGAUCGAGGAUUCCUGAGGCUGUUACAAGAUUCGAAAAUCAUGGACAAGAUGGUCAGGAUACGCGAGGAAGAUCGAGAGGCAGAACGUCAAGAAUGGAUAUUACCACGCCCAUAAUUGCAGAUGUUACCACGACCGUUGCAUUAGAUACAACAAUUUCUAACAACGACGUGACGACAACCGAUUCUGAAGUAAUGGGUACCACCAUAAGACCAAUUACAUCAACCAGUUCAAGAAUAUCCGUAAGAACAACAUCUUCCACAUCUUCUACAUCAAUCACGGAAUCUUCUGGACGAGGUAGAGGAAGAGGUAGAAACGGUAGCCAAGGAAGAAAGAGCAAAGAAGACUUUUUCAAUCACGGAUUGGGAUUCAGGGGUAGGAAAGUUUUGCCCGAAGGAUUCUUGAACGACACGACAGAUUGGAAGAAAUCCUCGAGAAACGAAUCUCAAUCGCAUGGAAAUCCUGGCUGGACCCUAAGAAGGCGUCCAGCUCAUCUCAACAACUUUGAAAAUCCUUCGGGGACGAGUCUACUCUCGGCAAGGGAACAAACGAACGAAGUGAUACCACCGAACGAACAAUCGACCACCGACGUUGUAACGACUGAAAGUUCCAGCACUAGAAGAGGCUUCAAGAAGCUGCAAACGACGGAGGAGAGUUCGACGAUGGCUGAAACGACGACCAAGAGUUAUAGAAGAGGUAAUAAAACCUUUGGACUCAGCAAGGCGGUUGCAGAAGACGAGGAGAGUGACAAUUAUCCGCCUGAGUUCAAGGCGAAAUUGUCUCAAUUGAAGAAUAUCAACACGAAAAUACCAGCCCCAAAAACCACUUCUAGAACACCAUUGGAGGAACAGCGGAAGAAUAACUAUGGCAGGCGUUCGAGGAAGAACUCGAUGGCGGUCGAGCCUGAUGACCUCGAAACCGCAGCUUCAGCAAAUAUUUUGACGGAUGAAAGUUUAAUCGUGAAUCCCUUAACGUUGAUUAAUGGCACAGGAUUGCGACGCGUGAAAAAAUCAUCGGCCUCUCUGUUCGCUGAAAGAUCGAGGAUGAAGUUGGAGCUGGCUAGGAGGUUAGUGAAGCCAGAGUUGAACAUCGAGGAGAAUGAUCUCGACGCAACCACGGCCUCCUCUUUCAGCAAACCGAAGCCAACCGGCGUGCCGGUGGUCGAUGAGACGAGCAAGGUCGCCAAAUAUGCCAAGCCAAAGGCAACGGGGGGCCGAAAUAGGGCUUCGACCCCUUUACAGACCUCUUGGGAAGAGGCGAGCGUGAAAGCCUCGAAACUUUCUAGUCCGAGGAAAGGUGUCGAGGAUUCUUCCAAGGUCACAGGAAGACCGUACAAUUUAAAGAAAGGGCGGAUCAUCGGCGAGCAAAUAGUUACCUCGAUCUCGGUCGAAGAGACACCAAUAGAGGAAACGACCAAACCUUACGCGAACUUACCUUACACGAAUCCGUCGAUCAUCGGUUUCGCGGAAGAGGGAGCGGCGACAACGAUCGAUUCGACGAGGAUUCGUCCAGGCAACGCUCGUGGAGGGAAGAAAUCGAGGGAAGAGAGCUCGAGCAAGAACGCCAAAGUCUCGCUGUAUUCUACCCGACGUGCCGAGGAUAUCGAAUCUGUAACGACUAUCAAACCGAAAAAAUCUUACCUAUCGCGUAACAGUAAAUUGCAGGAACAGUCCACGACGGUGGAGCAAGAUUCCACGACGUCUAAGAAAUCGAACGGGUCCGCGCAAAGAAAAUCGCAAGCGUUUCAGGAAGAGGAUCUUAGCAAGAAAUCUAAGUUUGGUAGCGGCGUGAGCAAGCCCACGUUCAGACCUCGUUACAUUAAGCGAACCAAGGAUAAAUUCUUAGACGAGAGAACGACAAUCGAUCAACCUACGAUUACCACAGAAAUAUCGGUACCUACUAGUAGAUAUUCGAGGAAAAAAUCGGCGGUGAAGUCUGUCGAUGAUAAAUCGAAAUCCGUGAUAACGGGGGGACCGCAAUCGCAAACAAAGAAAGUCGAAUUUAGACCUCGAACCGCCACCUAUCGAAGACACUCCGAGGUUCCGACGACUUUAGUCGGCUCAACUCCCAAGAUAGAUGGUGUAGGAGUCGCCAUCACGCCUCGAUCGGCAAAGUAUCAUGCCACGUUGAAGACAUCGACGGUGUCUUCUCGAUCGGUAGGGCAGGAACCGCAGGUGAACUUGAGGAUCGCGAACGAAUCGGCGCAAGAGACGUCAGGAAUUACCGGCAGCAGCAAUGGAGACAGUGGUAACUCGAAUAUCUUCAAUCCCACGAAAAGCACGAUCCUUGCUGGGAACAACACCCUGUUGGAACAAUUAAGAAGCACUGUGGCACCGUUGUUGAACUCUCUUGGUAACAGGACACCUGUGUUCUCCGGAUCUUACAGUAAUGUUAACAAUGCGAAUUCCUCUCCGAGAAUCACCCCUAAUGGACAACCACCCCGUUUUAGCGCGAGAUACAAAGGAGCGGAAUUGUUUGUCAGGAAACAAAAUAACAUUUAUCAGCCCACUGUGCCAUCUGUCACUAGUUCAUCGACUACACCAGUUACACCUAUAGAGAACACUGGUUCGGCACCACCCAUCGAUGUCUCGAAUCCUGGCCAGUCGAAAUUCUUGACCCUUUAUCAGGCGUUGGAGUCGGCCAGCAUCAGGAACGAACAGUUACUGAGAAACAUGAGCGGGCAACAGCAAGAGGGACGACAAGUUGGCAUGGUUCCCCAGGUAGACUCUAACGCCACCGCCGUUAACAUCACCGGCGAUAAUGCUAACAAUGACGCGACAAGCCCCACCGUAGCGACAACCGGCCCACAGACCCCAGACACCACCUCGAACACUAUUCAGGACAGCACACAGACCCCGAGAUUACCCGAGGACACGGAGAACUCCACCCCCGCGGUAACCACAGGAGCCCCUGAAACCCCUUCGACGACCGAACCGGUUUUCACGAGCACAGAACCGUCCUCUAGUACCGAACAACCGACCUCCACCAGCACAGAAUCGUUCCCCAGUACCGAGCAAGUUUCCACGAGUACAGAUUCGUCCUCCACCGGGGAACAGAUUUCCACGGGCGGCGAUUCCAUGUCCGUGACCGAGCAGACCACUACAGAGACGGUCUCACGGGUUGCAGAUGCAACGACGACGAGCGUGGGAGGCGCGGAAGACACCCAGACCCCUGCAAUGGUAGAUAAUGGUAGUUCGAGCACUCAGGAACUCGUAAGUUCAUCCACGGAUAUUUCUGCGACUACGACUGCCAUGACCACUAUGAAUCCUGUGUCCACGACUCCUAUGAUUAGUUCUGCGCCCCAACCUGCUAUUCGACUCGAGGAGAGUUCCACUGUUGGUAGCAAUGAUGCGCAAAGUACGGAACAGUUAACGUCAACCGUCGGUGAUGUUUCAUCGACGACGAUAGGAGUUUCGCAGGAUACAACGGAGACCAGCACUGUUACCACCAUGUCGAGCACGUUCAAAAAUCCCGAGACUAAUACCAUACCCUUCUCUGAUACGAUUGCCACUCAGACAACCGAUCCCAGCUCGACCGAUGCUCCCACGACAGAAGCAGAUUCGAGUAAUAUGAUCGACGUAGAGACGACCACGGCGAUACCUGUGUCCACGAUUCGAAACAGGUUGAUAGAUUUUGCACAAGAUAUUCUGUCUCGAUUGCAAGCCAGCCUGUCUACCACGGUACCAAGCGUGGAUUCGACCACGUUCUCCCCUGUUGAGUUGACCGAGAUAUCGAAUCAAGCGAGUAACAAUCGUAGUUUGGAAUCUUUGUCGCAGAUGAAGGAAGAAACGACUACCUUGUCGUCCGUCACGAUGGAUCAAUCGAGUUUAAGAAGUGAAGAAAUGAGCACUCAGAGCGCAGUAGGUUCAAUCACUACCUCGUCACCCAUUCAAGAAGCCAAUACGCGGGACGAUAUGAAUGUAGUCACAACCACAACACCACCAACAACAACAAUAACAAUAGUUACACAAGACUCUCAGACAAUUUCGAACACAGAUUCUACAACCGUAGGUGAUUCGAACAGUUCAACGACUCCCCAAUUAGACGUUGAAGUAACCACUUCAUCGACGAUCACUUCCACCAACGAUACUUUAUUAACAGAGUUAAUGUCCAUUGCCAAGACACUCUUUUCGGAAGAGAUGAACGAACAAAUGACAGCAGGGCAAAAUUUAAACGACACGUCUAGUUUGGAAAACGAGGUAGACAGUCCGAGUUUGUCGAAUGUUGUACAACUCAGUACAACCGAAGCUGCAGAAUCGACGUCCGUUUCCCCAGACGUGACGACAGAAAGCAUAGAGUCAACAUCUACCAUAUUCUCGGUUGACCCUUCUCAGAACGAAGUGGACUUCGCAAAUUCCGUCACAACAACGGUAUCUUCUGAAAAUUCGUCAGACACGUCUAUAACCACCCCUCGAAACGUGUUUAGCGUCGAUAAUGAGGUAGAAAGUGUACAAACGAACGGAACCGCAUUAGAAUCUUUUGCUCAAAUCGUAGAGUCAACGACUCCCUCAUUUACGACCGAGAUCGGACCACGAAUCACUCAGUCGAAUACAGAAUCGUUCGAAAAUGGUCUUGAAACUACCAUGACCCGGCCACAGACAACCACCACCAGUACACAAAAUUCAGAAACGAUAUCUACCACGAAUUUUCAACUAACCACUAACACGUUCGAUUUAAUCACGACGACUGGUCUUCGAACAACAACCGAGAUUACCACCACCGGACCCGUAGAAACCACUGUGCCAUUAACCAGUUUCACAACUGUACCGCAGCUUGUGACAGAGACAAGUACUAAUCAAUCCGACGUAACCACACUUCCCUCUGUAAAUACGAUCACCACCACACCAUCGACAUCCCUCGAUACGAACACAGAGCAAACUACAAUGGCACCUGGCGUAGACUCGAUCGAAACCGUAAACGGCGUAGAAAAUGUGGAAACUAACCAAGCAAUGUCCACGACAACGCAGUUGGCACCUGUGACUGUGAGCGAAACCACUGAUAACGAAACCCUCGAAGCCACCACGCCACCGAUUACAACCGCCCAGGAUGUUAAUUCCACGGAUGACACGGGAGUAACUACUAACCAGCCCCCUCCGCUAAUACCGAGUCCAAUGCCCGCCACGGAAAUUAAUAACGAAACAACAAGCGUCCCCCAAACAACCCCCAACCCCGAGAACGAAACUCCAAUUAUUCUUGCCCGUUUCCAGGAUACGACAUCAACAACCGCCCAAGGGACGGCAGGUUCAGGAGUCGGCCAAACGACCGAGAUCACUACUCCCACGACCCAAGAUUCCUCGACCGUCCCAUCAUCCACAUUCGAAUCCUCCGCUUCCUCGUCCCUUCCCACCGACUCGACCGUUUCGUCUUCGGUCGACACGACGACUAUGACCACGAUGACCGUGACCACGACGACCAUGACCACGACCACGAUGACGAGUACAGAACGCGUUGCUGACGGUGGAACGUCCACGCCUCAAACAACGAGAAUGGACGUGUUCACCGUCACCCCGGUGACGGAGACUACUACCACGGUUCCGACCACCACUGUCAAUAUAGAAGAGAAUCUGAUCUCCACCGAAACUGGAUCCACUUCGACGACGGAAACCACGACCACCGUGUCGUCGGUGACCAAUGGCCAAGGUGGUACGAACGACGCCACGAGUAUGGCUCCUGAAAGUACUGAAACGACUCAAACGACUAGUGCUGCGACGACGAUCGCAUCAUCGACGAGUCCUUCGGCCACUCCGUCUUCUCAGACCGCCACGACGCCGUACCUGGGUCGAUUCGGUGGCAGCAGAUUGACACCAGCGCCACGCUUCAGCCUGAGCUCGACCACCAAGGCUCCUCUUCGAGAUUACCUGGUGUACGGGAUUUAUCCGAAUAAAACGAUCGUGAGGAAACGGCCAGAGGACAACCUGAUCGACGCUAGGAACGUGGACAGCCCGUACGUGAUAUUCGGUAUCUUCCCGGACGGGAGGCUGGUCCGGAAAUUCCCGAAUGGAACGAUAAUACCGGAUCCACCUAGGAGCCCGGUCGAGGUUGUGUUCUCACUUAGCACUACAACUACCACUAACAGGCCACCACCCAGACCGUAUUAUAACCAGGCUAACCAAGGCACUUACAAUCAGUAUCGAGGCCCUGUGUACUAUAAUAACGGUAUACCUGUCGCUGAACCGAUGAGAAACGUCCAAAGUCCCGGCACCGUUGAUCUUGGCCUUACUGGUAACGCGAUCGUCGGCCCUAAUGGAGGUGGACCCGAUAAUACGGGGCCACUUGGUACCCCUGCUAGCACCAACGAAAUGAGCAAUGCCCUGCUGAAUACGCAAAUGGGGACAGCAUCGGUGACGCCGAUAGUAAGUACCGGUCGACCGCCGACCGUUUUGCAGGGCGGUCGUAUCGUCCAAGAUCGAGAGAGGGACGAGGCCACCAGGACGAAAGAGGCCGGAGGUCAACGCAGCUCCGUGUACAUCGGACAGGACAAGUUCGUCAAUUAUUGGACCAAUGGGGCUUCCACCGCUAACCCACGCGCUCUCAGUGUGAAUAUAAAUUCGGUAGCUAGUGCCGCAAAUGUCGGUCCAUCACCUUCGGUUCCAUCAUUUGAUAAUCUUUUGAAUAAUCAGCCAGGAAAUCAAGUCACAGCCCCUCCUGGAUUUCCAUGGAGAGAUCCUUUGGAUCAAAUCUUUGGUAUUACUACAUCCUCGCCGGUUAUAACCGCAUCAGUAGCAUCAAAUACGUUGGAGGACACAUUGGAAUCGAAUAAUCCAGCCUUGCCACGUCCAAUCAAUCCAUACGUCGAGGUUUUCACUCCAUUUUCUAGCGUGAUUGGUGUUCCAAGAGGCAACAUAGGAACUAUUCCACCACCGCCAGUAACAACGCCUAUUACAUCAACGACUCCUAUUUCUACUACUAGUAGUAGUACUACCACCACUACAUUGCCACCAAUGACAACAACCACAACCACAAUGGCACCAACAACUACUACUAGUACAACUACAAUGGCACCAACUACAACUACAACUACAAUGGCACCAACUACAACAACUACAACUACAAUGGCACCAACUACAACAACUACAACUACAAUGGCACCCACAACAACAACAACAACUAUAACCACAAUGGCAUCGACGACAACUACAAGGGAACCAACAACUACAACAACUGCAUCUACUUCACAGUCUGCAACAGCAACACAAACUUCUCAAACGAAUGUACAAAUGAUGAAUUUAUUAAAUCGGCCACAGCAAAAUGCUUUUGGUACCUCGAUCGAUGAUUUAGUUUUCUUGAAUUCAUUGUUACAGAAUGAUUCACGGAACAGCACUCAGAGAACACUCACCCAAGUCGAACAGCUCUUAGCAAAUAAGAUCUUGUCUCUAGCAUUGAACCAAGCAGGACAAGGAUCAACUCGAGCGCCGAAAGCUAUAAGUAUUGAAAAUGCUACGCCAAAUUCAAUUUUCGAAUCCGCAUCUACUUCGAGGCCAAUAGUGAUUGAUUUGUCUCCAUCAUCGACCACUACAACAACCACGUGGAAGACUGCACAGACACAGAAAUCAACCGGUCAAAAAUCGAUAAUAAGUGGUUCGACACCCGAGCAAUUGACUUGGAAACCAGUUAUAACCACGACCGGCAAAAAAGAUGUGGAAACAAAUACAGUUUCUGCAUCGAGCACGGCCAAAAUUACUCAGAUAAGCACCACUAAAGCUCCUGUAACCAUUAAAUCAGUGACCACUCCUCGACCUAGGACCACCACCACUCAAGCGCCAUUAGGCUUUGGCAGUCUUCUAUGGCAGACUCUUUUCGGUGGAGGUUUAUUCGCAUCAACGACGACUCCUAAACCUGUGAAGGCUAAAUCUGUAAAGACGGCGCCAAAGUCCGUUAAUAUCACUCCAAAACCGAUUCAAACUACGCAGAGAUCAGAAACGAUAACUGCUCCUUCCGCCACAACUUUGAAAACUGUGGACAUUUCGAAAAUUCAAGUGAGCAGUCCGAAUUCGAUCGUAGAGGAUAAGUCGGUGGCCUCGUCGAUUCCAAUAUCUACAACGAAGAAACCAUUGAUCAAUAAUCCAAAUCCUCGAUUGCCUAACGUGGUGACGUCAACCUAUUCUCCUGAAGAAGAUGCAAAAUUCUUGGUUGAGCUUCUGCGUGCUGUUGAGCAAGAUAAUAAGGCUGGUUCCUCGAAGAAGACAAAGUUAACUCAAGAUGAUGAAUCCUUCUUAAGAGCAAUUUUGAACGGUCGAGGUUUAACAACAACAAUGCCAUCAUCGACGACAGAAAUCAGUAACGCUGCUUUGUUGGCGGCUUUGUUAAAGGCCCAAGGAAUAGAACCAUCGACUCCGGCCACUAAUAUCAGGGAACAAUUGCAGCUGGCGGGCCUUGGGCAGAGUGUCACCUCUGCUCCGACCGAGUCCACAGCGGCCAAGUCGGCGACAAUUACGACAAGGCCGGCAUCGAGUGGUGCAACCCGACCUACCGACACCACGAAAAAGACGGUGACACCGAGACCAACCUCGGCACCAAGGAUACGCACAACAACCUGGUCGCCGAGCUCCACGUAUCCACCAUCCCUCUUCAGCUCCUUCUCCAAUUACGGUACCCCGGCACAGUCGCCCGGUGGAGGCGAUAAUUCUGGAAAUAGCGCGUUAUUCGGUGCUACCAGAGCGUUCAGCCAAUUUCUCGGUGCAGCGAUAAGCGGAGCUGCUCAACAAUUGCAAUCGCUUGUCAGAAACGGCACCAGAAUUGUAUCCGAAGUGAUGGGAUAAAGA